AUGUCCACUGCAGUGUCGGAUUGCUUUACUAUUGGCAGUAUAGUAGCGACGAGAACAUGUUACAAUGAAAAUAUUGAAGGAGAAGUCCUAGCUUUCGAUCCACAAACGAAGAUGCUAAUUCUUAAGUGUCCGUCUUCUAGUGGUAAUCCUAAACGCCAUGACGUAAAUAUCGUGAAUUUAUCACUCGUGAGUGACGUGCAAAUCAAGAAAGAAGUGACCACAGUGCCAGAGCCUCCACAGAGCCUCAACCUGCACAGAUUGAACACUAGAGUACGAAAUUCAAUAGAGAAUAAAAGAAGACUAGUAUCAGCACUAUCAGCAUGUUUAGACCCUGAGGGCCAGAGACUGUUCAUGGCCAUCGCGAGGGUCAUCGAUGAUGUCUCCUGGGCCGGACAGAACAUCAGAGUCUACAAUGAAGUGAUUAUCACACCUCCUUACAAGGUGGACAAUGUUAUAGGCGAAAAAGACUCAAAGCCAUACAAUUAUAUAAAAAAAUUCGUCGAAAGACAUUGGCGCGACCAUCGUGACAAUAUUGGCGCCAAUACCAGCCAACAUCAGUAA